GGCUACUUUUCCUCUUUGCUUUCUCCGCUUAGUCCACUACAUUCUUUCCCCCCCACUUCCCUACACGCAGUCAUCCAAACACUUCUCGCUGUAAGCCUUUCUUUGUUCAAUUGUGCGGCUAAUCCAAUGCUAAAUUUGCCGGACACACAUCCUGUCUCCGAAUCUUCCUCCCCGACUCAUCAAUUUUAACGCCUUGUCUAUGCUCCAUAUUAGUAUCACACUAAACUACUGAUAGUCGAGACUUGGUGCUUUCAAAUUUUUUUUUUCCUGCUGUGAUCAGUUUCUUUUUUGAGUUUUUGGGAGCUUGAGAUUGAUACACGGCUGUGCUUGUUUGAUGGCCCUUUCUUCAAGUUCUUUCUGCUUCAGUAGUUUGGCCUUGGGCCAUCGUAAUUCUGUGAGAUUUUAUAGUCAACGAAGCGCCAAAGCGCCAUGUUUUUCAUGCCACCCGCCUACUAUGGUUGCGCGGUUGAAUCUACAAGGAAAGGCAUUUCCAGGUGAUGGGGUGCCUGAAACCAAGGAAUCCUCCUUAGUGGUUUGUUUUGGGGAAAUGCUGAUUGAUUUUGUUCCAACUAUUAGCGGGGUUUCAUUGGCUGAUGCACCUGCAUUCAAAAAAGCUCCUGGAGGUGCACCUGCUAAUGUUGCUGUUGGCAUAGCUCGUCUUGGUGGCUCAUCAGCUUUUAUAGGGAAGGUUGGUGAAGAUGAAUUUGGAUACAUGCUUGCUGAUAUAUUAAAGGAGAAUAAUGUGAACAAUGAUGGAAUGCGUUUUGAUCCUGGUGCACGAACCGCUUUAGCCUUUGUUACACUAAGGAGAGAUGGGGAACGUGAGUUCAUGUUUUACCGUAACCCUAGUGCUGAUAUGUUGCUUCAAGUGGUUGAACUUGAUUUUGAUUUAAUUAGGAAGGCAAAAAUCUUCCAUUAUGGUUCCAUUAGUCUUAUUACUGAACCAUGCAAGUCAGCCCACAUUGCUGCAGCAAAAGCUGCAAAGGAUGCUGGUGUGGUUUUAUCAUAUGAUCCCAACCUGAGGCUUCCAUUGUGGCCUAGUGCAGAAAGUGCUAGAGAAGGAAUUUUGAGUAUAUGGGACACUGCAGAUAUUAUCAAGAUAAGUGAAGAAGAGAUUUCUUUUCUAACUAAAGGCGAAGAUCCAUACAAUGAUGCUGUUGUUCGUAAAUUAUUUCAUCCAAAUCUUAAAUUACUCCUCGUCACUGAUGGUCCAGAUGGUUGCAGGUACUACACUAAGGAGUUCAGUGGGAGAGUUGGGGGUUUGGAGGUGGAUGCUGUUGACACCACUGGUGCUGGGGAUGCUUUUGUUGCUGGAAUCUUAUCACAGCUAGCUGUUGAUCUCUCCUUGCUCCAGAAAGAGGACUUACUGAGAGAUGCUCUCAAGUUUGCUAAUACUUGUGGUGCAUUGACUGUGAUGGAGAGAGGUGCGAUUCCGGCUUUGCCAACUAGAGAAGCUGUGCUGAAUGCCAUGCUCCAGUCUGUAACAUAGAUCUAUAUUCCAAUCUCUUUAUUUAUGUACGUGCAUUCUUGUUUCCUGGCUAUUUGCUGAAACACCGUGCUGAUAAUGCUGAAUAAAAAUAAUUGAAAAUAGAAUAAUUCAUUUAAACAUAUUCGUGUUAGUUUUUGUUGUUGUAUCACAAGCCUUAACCUGGAUCUGAAAUUAUCUUUAUCCAGCGGACUCAGCAGAUCUUCUAUAAGACCACUUUUUUGUAUGAACACUCAUGCUGAAUAGCAACAGUGUGGUUUGUAUGUCUGUUAUCUGAAUACAAGCCCAUUCAUCUUUCUGUUUGAA